UUAAAAAUGCAAUUAAAACGUAGAAUUUGUAAAACAUUUAAUUUGGAAACUUAUCUAGUAUUAUUUGGCCUGGUGUCUCUGUUAAUUUACCUGUACAUGUUAAGGAGUGACAUUGAAAAAGGCGGCUGGUCUACUAAUGAACCUGCCAGCGCAAAUCCUCUGCUGCAAUUUGAGAAUAGAGUGCAUACAAAAUGCUUAAGUGAAAAGCUGGAAAAAGCAACUGAUGCCAUGGACAACUUAGAGGGGGCGGGUGAUGCCAUUAAUGGCCUGGGAGUGGUGAGAAAUAAACAAGACAAAUAUGUACGUGAUAUAGGCUACAAACAUCAUGCCUUUAAUGCUUUGGUAUCAAAUAAUAUUGGCCUAAUGCGCUCCAUACCCGAUACCCGACAUAAGGUGUGCCCACGCUCAACCACUCUACCAACCGAAACACUGCCAACCGCUUCCAUUAUCAUGUGUUUUUACAAUGAACAUAAAAUGACUUUAUUUCGUUCCAUAAAAACCAUUAUAGAACGUACUCCAGAGUGGCUUUUGAAGGAAAUUAUUUUGGUUGAUGAUUUCAGUGAUUUGCCCGAAUUGGAAUUCCAUUUGCAGGGAGAAUUGCAUAGUCAAUUGCAUUAUGACAAUCUCAAGUAUAUAAGAAAUAUACAGCGAGAGGGUUUAAUAAGAUCGCGUGUUAUAGGAGCCCGCGAGGCCAAGGGUGAUGUUUUAAUUUUCUUAGAUUCCCACAUAGAGGUCAAUCAACAGUGGUCUGAACCAUUGCUGCGCUUGAUUAAGGCUGAAAAUUCUACUCUGGCCGUACCUGUGAUAGAUUUAAUUAAUGCUGAUACAUUCCAAUAUACCUCGAGUCCUUUGGUGAGAGGUGGUUUCAACUGGCGUCUUCACUAUAAGUGGGAAAAUUUGCCGGAGGGAACUUUGAAACAGGAGGAGGACUUUAAAGGCCCCUUCAAAUCUCCUACAAUGGCUGGAGGACUUUUUGCCGUCAAUCGGCAAUAUUUCGAUUAUAUAGGCAGCUAUGACAUGGGCAUGGACAUAUGGGGUGGUGAAAAUUUGGAGAUAUCUUUUCGUGCCUGGCAAUGUGGUGGUGCCAUCAAAAUUGUACCCUGUUCACGCGUAGGCCACAUCUUCAGAAAAAGAAGACCCUACAGUUCACCAGACGGCAGUAAUACCAUGCUCAAAAACUCUUUGAGAUUAGCCCAUGUAUGGAUGGAUGAUUACAAAAAACAUUACCUCAAACUCGAAAAGGUCACACCCAAUUUUGACUAUGGCGACAUAAGCGAACGCCUACAAUUAAGAGAAAAACUUAAAUGUCACACAUUUGAGUGGUAUUUGAAAAAUGUCUAUCCAGAGUUGCGGCUGCCGGGUGAAGAGAGUUCUUCGAAAAAUGAAAAACCACCAAUUUUCCAGCCAUGGCAUUCGCGUAAACGUAAUUAUAUAUCCACCUAUAUGUUAAAACUAUCGUCCAGCAACUUGUGUGCCUCAGUGGUGGCACCCAAGGUAAAAGGUUUCUGGAAAAAAGGCAGCUCUUUGGUAUUGCAAAAGUGUGAGCAGCAAAAAAAUCAAAUAUGGUUUGAAACGGAUAAAUCGGAAAUAGUUUUAGAUCGUCUGCUGUGUCUGGAGGCCCCCGGCGAUACUCAGGUGGUCAUUAACAAAUGCCACGAAAUGUUGGGUGAUCAACAGUGGCGCCAUACUAAAGCCGAACAUAGUCCUCUGUAUAACAUGGCUACGGGUACUUGUUUAAGAGCCGAUAAAGCCGAGUUGGGUGCCACUUUACGCAUGGAUUUGUGUGCUAAACAUGAAGCUAGUGCUUGGGAUAUUGUUGGAGUGGUGAACUCGUAGUAGAAGACAAUUAUACUAUGAUUUUAAAUUGCACAGCAUUUUAUGGAUAUUUUUGAACAAAAAAAGACUUUUUUUAUAAUAAUUAGUUUUUUGCUUUUUAUAAUUUACGUCCAUUUUUUAUUAUUAUAUGUACAAGUUUUUUGAACAAAUACUUUUUGUAUUAAUUGUAUUAUUAAAGCGAUAUUUUUAAGACAACAAGCUAAUAAACACAUACAUACUUUCCAUUUUUUUU